CCGUGUCAGUUGGGCUGGUCUUUGUGGCAGACCCAUUGUGGCACUUGCGAUCUGCUUGACCCUCUUGACAUCCGAGCCGGGCCCCUCGACCGCCAGUUGCUGCUAGGGAGCUGCGGGCUAUAUUGAAGGCAGUCGCAGGUUGCACACGCCUAGUCUCCGUCUCAGCGGGCUCCUGCAUCGAAGCCUCGCCCAGCCAGACAGCCGCCCAAGUCACGCUCCAGUGUCCCGAUCCGCACCGACAACGUAUCGGUGCACGCCUGCAGUCAGUGCUGGCCAGGACACACAACACCUCCCCUCACCAGGGUUCUACAUACACCGACUCUCAAAGCGCGCAACCACCCCCGAGCGUCCUCCCACAGCAACUGCGACCCAUGCGCUGUCAUUGCUGAAGUCAACAACACCCCCUACGUCCGCUUCGCCUCGCCUCUUGCAGCACGCACUUGCACGCCCCAGCCUCGAACCCGUACUAGAACACGCAUUCACCGAGGUAUAUUGCCUGCGGAUUCGGAGCCGCCGCUGGACAGACCCGUGCUGAGCAUACAUUAGUCUUGGACCCCGCCGCGGAAGCAACUGCGCAAGAUGCCAAAGUCGACAACGCUGUCUCUCGCCAUGCGCGGCAAGAACACAAAAGAAAACUCUAGCUCAAACACCCCCAUGAGCCCAAAGAGCCCCACGUCACCGCAACACUUCAAUAGUGCAGACUAUGCAUCACCAAAAGCACCGUUUCGCAACCAACCAGAGUCCCCCGCUUCACCGAAACUGCGCAAAGACUCCAAGAACAUCUUCUCCCACUUCUCCGCCAACAAGUCCUCGUCGCGCCUGGUCAACCCGCAAGACGCCUCCAUGCACUCAUCGAGGAACCAGCCGUCGCCAGUCUACUCCAACGGACGAGGAGGCACAUCAACGCCAGACCUUGGCCGUCCGGUCCAGACACCAAACUCAGACGGUAGGCGCACUGGCACUGACGGCCAAAGCAGCAAGCUAAUAUCCGCAGACAACCGUUCUGAGAUCGUGCACCUCGACCACCGCACUGGCUCUGCCAUGUCAAAUGAUACUGCCGAACGGGCCGACUCGUCUAAGCGUAACACCAUAAAGCCGAAGAAGCAGGGUAUGCUCUCCAGGUCAAGAUCGCAAAAGGGUGAAGAAGGCUCCGGUACCCGUUCAAAGCUCAACAAAGCUCCUCCGCCGCAACUUUCACCAGAUGUCGCAGCAACCUGGACGACGAAUGGCGACACCUCUUUGAAGACAGCCCCACUGGAAAAGAACCAGUCAUGGCGAUCAUUAGUCGGUCAGAAUAAGAUGCGCACACAUUCUGCGGACGGACACGAAGGCAAUCACCGAGAAGAAGAGCAGGGUGCACGACGUCUAGAGCGUGCCGAACAGAGCUCACAGGCAUCGGGUUCCUACAACGACAACAGAGGUGCCAACUUGAUGUCUAGCAUCGGAUUUGGCGCUCGCAAAGUUGGAGGCAAGAUGGAUUCGGCGCGAAAGGGCAUCUUUGGGAAGCUUGGACGCAGUUCCAGCAACCACGAGACCCCAACCCUGGUCACCAAUGAGCCAUAUGUCUGCAAGGUCAUACAUAAACCGCUCAUUGAGCAGACAAGGUUGACGAGAAUAUCAUCUCGAUUGGAGCAGUCUAGAGACAAGACCGAGUUCUGGAUGCCGGCCUUGCCAUGGCGUUGCAUUGACUACUUGAACAUGCGCGGUUGUGAAGAAGAGGGUCUGUAUCGAGUUCCAGGAUCCGCCCAGCAGGUCCGCUACUACGAGCGAAAGUUCGACACUGAUGGAGAUAUUGAUCUCAUCAGUGAUCCAAACCUCAAUGACCCCAACGUCAUUGGCUCUCUCUUCAAGGGCUGGCUACGACAACUACCGGAUGAGAUCUUCCCAAAAGAGAUCCAGGCCAGGAUCCAGCGAGAAUGCCAGGGCUCCAAGACCACACCCCAGAUGCUCAAAGACGAGCUCUCCAAGUUGCCGCCGUUCAACUACUACCUUCUCUUCGCAAUCACCUGCCAUAUCAGCCUGCUGCACUCUUGUUCUGAGUUCAACAAGAUGAACUACAACAACCUGUGCAUUUGCUUCCAGCCUGCCAUCAAGAUCGAUGCUUUCUGUUUCCAGUUCCUCAUCCUGGAUUGGCGCAACUGCUGGCAGGGCUGCUGGACUGAGAAGGACUAUCUUGGAGAGGAGUUGGACUACUUGCAGUCCCUGGAAGAACAAGCCCAUCAAUCAGUGCCCAACCCUGAUCGCAAUGGACAGCAACAGACUGUGGGCAAAUCCAAGCACUCCCUACCCUCACCCCACAUUGGUCAUGGCAAGAAGGCAGCCUCAACCCGAAGUGGAUCUGUAGAGAGGACCAAGGUUUCUGCAAGAGACGUUUCCACCGACAGGAAUGGUCGCGCUGCCUCACCGGGCGUCAAGUUCACUGUUUCCGAGUCUCCUCGUGAGAUGGCGCAGCGCCCUCAGCACCUCGAGCGCGAUUCAUCCACUGAGCGCACGGUCUCCUCUUCAGACAGCCGUGAAGCCUACAGCAGCGCCCGUGGAACGCCCAAGCGCACUCCCCAGUCUGUGAGCACGAGGCCUUCCAUCGACGACGAUGCUUCCACCCCAACUCAAGCAAACCAGCAUAGCCGCGGACCCUCUGACACGCAGUUCCGUCUCGACCUCAACAACCCACCCAGCUCACCGUUCAACAUCAAGUUCUAA